AUGGCUCCGACACGGACAGAGCUCCUUGUCGCUGCGCAGGCCUUCUGCGAUGUUUUCGCGUCCUCGAAGCCCCUCGACGAUAUUCUCACCCACUUCUCAAGCGAUCCUGCCCACCCUCCGCAGGCGAUCGAGCACGGUCUCCCGUCCCUCGCGCCUUUUCUUGGCCGCGCAUUCGUCGGUGUACCCGCCGUGAAGCAGUACUUCACGCUCCUUGCAGACCAUCUUACAUACGAGAACAUGUGGUUCUCAGAGUUUGUCGUCGAUCCGGAGGUUAAAAAGGUCUCAUGCAAAGGGCAUGCUCAGUUCACGUGGACCAGCACUGGGCUGCGUUGGGACGAAACAUUCAGCUAUACCCUCGAUUUCGACGACGAGUUGAAGAUAGCAAGAUAUCAGGUAUGGGCUGAUUCAGGAGCUGCCUACCUCGCUCGUACUGGUGGUCCGUACCUCUUGCAGACGCAGAAGUGA